UUAGGUCGGUGGGCGCCUGGACGCUGGCGUCGCCCCUGCUGCCUCCAAACGCGGGGGGCAGAGUCGACGUAGUGCAAAUAUUGACAGAGCUUUCCAAACAGGCCCCGCGCCGGCCGUGGAUUCGGCUCAGUGGACUGGUGGCGCGCGCGCGUGGUGGACUCUCUCCCUCUCCCUCAGUGCCGGUGUUGGAGACCAUGGCGCCGCGCUGGUGGCAGACAAUGCUGCUCCUCUCGCUGGUAGUCGUGGAGAUACCCGGCUGCUACGGACAGGCCGAUGAGGCGGCUGACUUUUAUAGAGCUCACCGGGCGACCCGCAGGCACAGGCGGUUCAGAAACGAAACGGGCACCGCGCGACGUGAUAGGAUUCGUGUGAAGAGAGGCAAGCUGAAGAUUCCGCUUCACCGUCUGAAGGAGCUGCAGGACAUGGAUUUUGGCGAGCUGCUGAGCUCACUACGCGGCGCCUCGAACCCGGCGUUCGCCUCGUUUAUCGCCGACACGAACACCACUGGCCGGCCGAUUGGGGUUGGAACUGGCCUGCUGGGGGCCGCCAGACCCUCCCUACUGGGCUCCAGCUCGUCUCCAUUAGCCAUGGACCUCCAGGAAGUGGCCUCCGAGCGCCGCAACGUCAUCAAGGACGCCGGCUGCCGGCCGCGCAAGGUGCCGGUGCAUGUGCCGCCGCCCACCGACCCCUUGGUGGUCUACACACCCUCGUGUGUGCUGCUGCCGCGCUGCUCCGGCUGCUGCGGCCACGAGCUGCUCGAGUGCGUGCCCUCGAAGGUCAAACGGGUCCGCAAAAAGGUGCUGGCGCUACGAUUUGCUGACGAUGAGAGCAUCUCGCCGGAUGGCCAGGAGUCGAGUGUUAAACGCAUCGAGAUGGAGAAACACGUCGAAUGCGAAUGCACGUGCAGGGUGAAGGCGUCCAACUGCAGCGUCCGUCAGGUGUAUGACGCCGGCAACUGCCGCUGCUUCUGCUCCAAUGAACACGAGGCGGCCUCCUGCCCGGGCACCAAGAUCUGGUCCGAGACGGACUGCGCGUGCAAGUGCGCCAAGGUGGACGAGUGCUCCACGGGGCUGGAGUUCGACCCGGUCCAGUGCAGAUGUCUUCCCUCUCCGUCUCGGCUGCCUCUGCGGAGCUCGGCCGUGCAGUCCUCCGGCGGGGGCGCGGCAGCGGCCACCCCGACCGUGCCCGACCGGCGCGGCACCCAGGGCGUCAUCAGCAGCGGCGCGUCGUCAUCCGGCGGCUGGGGCACGGCCGUCUCCUCUGGGGUCAUCGAGGACCGGCCGCCGCCGCCGCGCUCCCGGCCCGCCCAGCCGUCCAACACGUACACGCCGUACCAACCGUCGUACCCCGACCGGCAGUACGACCAAGAGCGUACCUCCUCCCAGUCGGCGGCGCGCCGUUACGACCAGAGCGGUGCCGAGUCCCGCUACUCGGAGCGACGCCCCGGUGGAGCAGGUGGCGCCGGCCAGUAUCGCAGUCGAUACGAGUCGACGGCGGCCGACCCACGCCGCACAGAUAGCCAGUAUCAGGGGGCCUACUCGUCCCGCUACCAUGGCAGGUGGUACGGGUAAAGCCCCCUGACCACGCCCGCCGCUGAGGCUUCUGAUCUAUGAUCUGAGUAUGGUAUGGAGGUGUGUGGAGGCUGAAUAGUUUUUGAGUGGUUUUAUUCUGUGUCGUGUUGCUGCUGCUAAGCUUAGGGAGUAGCGUUGGCAAUAUCUGUGUAAAUAUUUCUGCUUAUUUUUGCGUUCGUAGGCAAGAGGUACUCCGUACUCGCUUAAGUUUCACAGAGGCGCCAUUAUGGUACCUUUAGGUUAGGUCGCUCUCAUAAUUGUUUUCGUUCUCGGAUGUUGUGUGCCAAUUGGUCAUCUUCUGUUCUUUUAUGUUGUGCUUGAAAUUGCUUUAUUUAUUUUUUGAUAUUGAGGGUUUUUCGAUAUACUUUUAUGAUCGGAAUAAUAUACAUACGUUUUAUUUCCA